AUCCCGCACACCCCUUUCUCAUGGAGUCUGCCGUUGGUACGUAACAGUAUAAAAAUACCCAAAGACGAUUCAUUCUUUUCGUCACGUAUUGUCUUUGCUAGUAAAACUUCAGCUCACGACGUCGCUUUCAUCUCUAACGAUCGGAGUCUCCGUCUUCCAUAUUCAACAGUCUGACUAGGGUUUUGAAAUCGGGCUUCCAGGAAAGGGACCAAAAGCACCCGACUCAGUCUCUGACUUUGAUGUAUUUCAGGUUUGCAAUGCCUCCCACUUCAGAAAAAGAAAGAGGCUCGAAUGACGUUAAGUUGGAAGACUACAAAUAUAAGUACUAUAAAGAGUUGUCGAGGGGAAGCAUCAAAGUUAAAAUUUCCAGUUCAGCUUAUAGAUGCCCCUAUUGUCACGGGAAGAAGGAUUACCAUUUUGAGGACCUUCUCCAACAUGCUAAUAGUCUUGGUAGAGUUUCUCAAAGGAUAGAUCUCGAAGAGAGAGCUCAGCACUUAGCUUUGGAGAAGUAUAUGAACAGGCAUUUUAAUGUGAAGGAGAGGUCGGUGUAUGGCACCAAAACUGAGUCUUCCAGUGCACAAACACGUGAUAGAGAUCACUUUAUCUUUUCUCCAACACAUAUGAGUGGGGAUACUGAUUGGAAAAAGAGUCCAAUGAAUGUCACCAAAACUGAGUCUUCCCCUGUACAUAAACGUGAUAGGGAUCACUUGAUAUCUUCUCCCAAGUAUAUGAGUAGGCAUAUUGAUGUGAGGAAGCAUUCAGGGUAUGCCACCAAAACUGAGUCUUCCCAUGUGCAUAAACAUAAUAGGGAUUACUUGGUUGUUUCUCCACCUUUACAUGAAAAGGGUAAGGAUCAAUUGCUUGUUUGGCCAUGGAUGGGAAUUGUUGCUAAUAUCCAAACUCGGUUUCAAGAUGGUCGUCGUGUCGGUGAAAGUGGUGCAAAACUUAGGGAUGAACUAACAAGAAAGGGGUUUGAAACAAUUAGGGUACAUCCUUUAUGGAAUCACUUGGGGCAUUCAGGAUUUGCCAUUGUAGAUUUCAAGAAAGACUGGGAUGGCUUCAGGAAUGCACUUAUGUUUGAAAAAGAUUAUGAAGUCAAUAACUGUGGGAAGAAAGAAUAUUUUAAGCCUCCACUAAAAGGUCGAGGAGAUAAGUUGUAUGGUUGGAUUGCACGUGAAGAUGACUAUAACUCCAGAAGUAUUAUUGGUGAUCAUUUGAGAAGGAAUGGGGAUUUGAAAAGUGUUUCUGGUAAAGAAAUUGAGGACCGUAGGAAGGAUUCAAAACUUUUGACCAAGUUAACGGAUACCUUGCAAAUGAACCGUGAGCGCCUCAAAGAAAUGGAGGUCAAGUACAAUGAGACCAGUGUAUCUUUGAACAAACUAAUGGAAGAAAAAGACGCCAUUAUCAGAGCUUAUAAUGAAGAAAAAAGAAAGAUGCAGCAAAAUGAGCGUGAUCAUUUUGAGAAGAUUUACUUAGAGCACGAGAAAGCUAUGCUGCGAUUGGAGGAUCAGAGAAAAGAUCUGAAGGAGCGUGAGAAGCAAUUGCAACAGCGUGAGUUUCAAAAUGAAGAUGAGAGGAGGAAGCUUCAUCAUGAGAAGAAAAAGAAUGAGAGGGCAAUCUUGGAGCAGAAAAAGGCAGAUGAAAGCAUGUUGAGGCUGGUAGAAGAACAAAAGAUACAAAAAGAGAAACUCCAUAUGGAAAUUAUUGAGCUGCAAAAGAAGCUUGACACUAGGCAAGCAUUGGAGUUGGAAAUAGAGCGCCUGAAGGGUUCUUUACAAAUAAUGGACCACAUGAGAGAUGAGGACAUGGAGGUCAAGAAAAAGAUGGACACAGUGCGCCAAGAAUUGAUGGAAAAAGAAGAAGAAUUAGAUAUAUUAGAAUCACUUAAUCAAACUCUUAUUGUUAAGGAGCGCAUGAAUAACGAUGAAGUCCAAGGUGCUCGAAAGGAGUUAAUAAGUGCUUUGAGAGAAGAUCCUCGUGCUUUGAUACGUGUAAAGAAAAUGGGAGAGCUUGAUGGUUCACCUUUCCAGGCUGCAGCCAAGAGAAAAUUUUCUGAUGACGCAGAUGGGAAAGCAGGAGAGCUGUGUUCACUGUGGGAUCAUUACCUUCGAGACCCUAGCUGGCAUCCAUUUAAGAUCAUCACUGAUAAGGAGGGACAUAGUGAGGAGAUAAUCAAUGAAGAUGAUGAAAAACUGAAAGAUCUGAAGAGCGAGUAUGGUGAUGAAGUUUAUAAUGCUGUGACCAAAGCCUUGAGAGAAAUAAACGAGUAUAAUCCAAGUGGAAGGUACAUAGUAAGGGAGAUUUGGAAUUUCAAGGAGAACAGAAGAGCAACGCUACAGGAGGGAGUGGCACAUUUACUGAAACAGUGGAAGCCGCGUAAACGAAGGAAAACCUAAGGCCGGAUGAAGGCACGUUUCAACUUGACCAAUGAAAUUCACAGACAAAAAUAACUCUAAAUCACAAAAAGCUUCACCAACAAUUGAGCAGCUAGGACAUUCGAUUUGAAAUCUUGCCACCGAAUUCACACUUCUUUUUAAACCCUUCCUUUCAAAUUUCUAAUCUUAUGAUUUUGUUUUUUUUAUUUAUUUCAAUUUUAAGGUCCCUACGAUUCCAAUCGAGCAUGUGAACUAAAAUUAUGCAAAAUCUUAGAUCAAUCCGCUUUUCUUGAUUUACAUUUUAAAAUUUUAUCUUUCUUCUAAGUGAUGAUGAGCUCGUUACUUCUCUAAUUCUGGUUUGUUUUGGCUCCUUUGGUGGGAAGCAUAAGUGUUCUAUUCUAUUAUGAUAUCUCUGUUUGUAUACCUGCACCAUUGAAUCCUGACUUUGUAAAACCAGAAUUCCAAAUUCA